GUAGCUAACCCCUAAAAAAACUGAAACGAAAAGUGAUCUUCUGGCCAUGAUCUUGAAUUUCCAAUGAAAAAACAGAGGCCACCCUCUUCUCGAGAGUCGACAGGCGGCGCUCUUUCGGUCUGAUUUUGCACUGUUUUCUAUGGGCGCGUAUUUGGUGUAGUGCAAAUUACUGUGAGUGCAACCCCAGCGCUGCUAGCGCAUCGUGUUCAUACGUGUUUGAAUGACAAAUAUCGGAUCUUCCAACCGUAGCAUCCAUACUCGUGCAAAAUUCAUGUUGUUAAGCAAAGUAACACGAUCCGAAAAAUUCGUCAUAUACAUUGUACGUGCACGACAUAUGUUGCGAUAGAGCAUGGAGGUCUGGUGUGAACUUCCGUCUCAGUCAUAGGGGCCUACAUGUCGUGAAUUGGAUCGAGCUGAGGAGUCGGAAUUCAGGCGAGAAUAUUCAGCAACGUUUUCUUUUGUCAGGUAACCAAGUUUUUGAAAAAAUUAAUUGGCUGUGCAUUGGCGCGGUUUGUUGACAGUAACAACGCCAGCAGCACUGUCAUGGCUGACCGGAAAGACGGUGAAGAUGAUAAAAUCUACGGGGGAUGUGAAGGACCAGACGCCCUGUAUGUCAAGCUGGUGUCAUCCGACGGCCAUGAGUUCUACGUGAAACGAGACCUCGCCUUAACAUCAGGGACAAUAAAGGCCAUGCUGAGUGGACCAGGUACAUUCGCUGAAAAUGAAGCCAACGAAGUCUGCUUCAGGGAAAUCCCUUCACACGUACUGUGCAAAGUCUGCAUGUACUUCACCUACAAGGUGCGCUACACAAACAGUUCCACGGAGAUUCCCGAGUUUCCUAUCGCACCGGAAAUUGCCCUGGAGCUUCUGAUGGCAGCCAAUUUCCUGGACUGCUGAUGGGAAAAGCUUCAGGACAUUCAUCGCUUCUCUCUCCGAUAUUGUCGGAGCAGUUAACGCCCCAGUUAGUUAUGGCCAAUAAUCAACCCAUUUCUCCCGCCGGGCAAAUUUUAUGGUUAUUGAUAAAGGGGGAAAAAAAGCAGUGUUUAAGAAGACCUCUGUUGUUUGCAGAUUACACAUUAACAAUGUUCUUAUUUUAGUAUUACAAUGAAAUGUUUUGACUUCACAAAAUCAGACCAAGUUUUCUGUAACCCUUGGAGGUCUUUUGCAUGUAUUUGCCUCCCAUAUGUAACACGUACCACUGUAGUAAUGUAUUUAAAUAGAGAAGCCCGUGUUAUUUCUUUACUGGCCUGGGUAUUUUGUAAUUAAUUCCUCCAAGUGACAGCCUUUCCUGAUGUGCUUCUUCUCUAUCUUACCAGCUCUUGUGAA